AUGUUCCUUCCUCGACCAUCUAUCCAACCGAAGAGCGACCACCCUCGCCUCCUCCAGGAGAUCAGCAACAAACAUCCCCUCCUGCGGGCUCGACCAUACCUGUGGUCGAAGAACAACAACCACUGUCUACCCCUCUCGACAGGGACGCCCGCCUCUCCUAAUCCACACCUUGUUGCCGAGGAACGUCCUCUCAUCGGAGAGAGUGAGGGGACAAAUAAACGUCCGCGGCUCGAGGAAACGACUGACGUCACGCGCCCCUCUAUCCUUUUCACUAACCAAGCAGCACUGAAGUGUCGUCCUUUCUUAAGGAUGUUCUUCCUGCCCACGACCUCCAUGAUGACGGUACCACUCUACAUACCCAAAGGGACCUCGAUCUAUCCCUUCGAUCGAGAAGGGGGCUUGCCUCCUCCGAAAGAAGGUCGUGACGCUAUUCUGAAGAAGAACUUCACGCUGCUCGAUGGUCUAGCUCCUCCUGUCUCCAUGGUUCAAGCCAUGUCUGAGUCCAUCUGUCAACGACUGUUGUCGGACACGGCUGAAUCGACCUCUGGCUCGAGACAACAACAGCCCGAGCCCACCUUUGAGCCAACUCCGUCUGAUCCCAAUGUUGAUUCGGAGCAAACCACUCUCGAUCCAAAUGCGACUGCUCCUUGA